AGAUUUUAUAUCUCAGCUCCAGAGGAAACAGUGAUGCGCGCUCCCAGGGUCACCAGACACCGACAACAGCGCCCUCGUCUGUGAGGAGUGGAGAGCUGACGGGUAUGGGUCGUUAGCAGUUAAAAUAGUUACAAAUUCUCAUAACUAACGCUGGUCAACACUAUUACCAGAAACUGCAUAACUCGGAAUUAGUGACUCCGCCCCCAUGUAAACACUCAAUGACAGAAGGGAGGUGGUGACCUUUUGGCCAGAGCACGAGUGUCACUAAAUAUUAAUCAAGAGACCAUGAAAAAAUAGCAGGAUCUCAGACACGGAUACAAAAGUUGAUUGUUUUCCCACAGAACACAAGGAAACAGCCAGACAGAUGGAAAGCAUAAAUGAUAACAACAACAUUACAGAAGUGAUAAUUGAAAAUGAAAGCAAUGCUGAUCAACUUGCCUCUAAUAAUGUUGAGGCUUCAGCUUCCAAAGUGCACCACAGAAGAACAUCUUCACUACAGCUUCGUAAAAAUAAAGUGGACCAUGAUUCCACUCCAAUAAGUGUUAUCUAUAAGCCAGAGGCAGAAACGAUUGAAGUCUCUAAUAUUGCUGAUGGAAGCACUGCUAUUGACAGUACAGAUGUACCUCCUGUAUCAGAUUUAAAUCUUUUACUUGCUGCAACUUAUGUUGAAGAUGCAAGAGAUGGUAGACACUCUGACUUCAAAGUCUCUGAGAGGCAUUUGAAAUUAUACCACAUGUACCAGAGUAAAUGGGGGCAAAUCGUGCUGUAUUGUAUACUUUUCCUCCACCUCUCCUUAGCACUCUUUGAGAAGCCAGCAGUACACGGCUUAAGUUUAAAAUACUGGAUAACUAUCACAAUGGAAAUAGGUAUUAUGUUCUUCUAUCUUUUUCGACUUAUACACAUCAGUGUCUUCACUCCUCUUACCCGCUUCUGGUCAGAUACUAAGAAUAUUUUGAUCAUAGUAUUUGUUGGUCUUACUUUUUUAGACAUGGUUAUAUAUAUUGGACUAGUAGAGACUGGCCACUAUGGUAUUCGGUGGUCUAGAGUUCUGCGGCCUCUGUUUGUUGUGAAUUUUCCUGAGAUGCGUCAGAUCAGGAGGUCCUUCCGUAACCUCCGACGAACACUCCCUGAUGUGGUCAAUGUACUAUUUCUCUUCUUCUUCAGUUUGGCUAUAUUUGCUCUCAUGGCUUUCAAGCUAUUUGGGGACAGGGGCCUGAAGUGGGUAAAUGGCCGACCAUACUUUCAGACAUAUUGGGAUAGUAUAUUUGACCUCUAUGUUUUGGUCACCACUGCCAACAACCCAGACAUCAUGAUGCCAGCAUUUGAUGAUUCAAUUGCCUACGUGAUCUUCUUUGUGGCAUUCCUCAUAAUAUGCUACUUCAUCUUCAUGAACAUCAUCCUUGCUGUGAUCUACAACAACUACAGAAAACAUCUCAAAAAUGAAGUAAAGAAGACAGUUUACAGCAAACGACAGCAACUCAGCAAGGCUUUUGAAAUUCUUGCUGUCAACUUAGGGGGCCAGAGGAUAAUAACAAGAAGCCGAUUUGUGCAGUUCAUGCGAUUUCUGGAUAGUCAGAAGAACCCAGCACUCAUCAAUGUGUUUUGGAUUGUACUGGACACAGAUGGCUCUCAUUCUUUGGAAAAAUGGGAGUUUCUAAAGUUGGCUGACUUAUUAAAUGUGGAGGUGUCCGAGGUGGUAGAUCGAAGAACAUUUAUUGGACAUUACUUUCCAUCUGUUUACUAUUCCAGACCAUCAAAAUUUCUUUGUCGUGUUGUGAGACACAAGCUUUUUCGGGUGUUCUUUGAUAUAUUGACACUGAUUAAUGCUGUGGUGAUUGGCAUAGCAACCCCCUAUUCUACCUGGGAUGACUCAGCUGAGUGGUUCUUCCUCUCCUUCUUCAUGAUGGAGAUCCUCCUCAAACUUUACGUGAUGGGUGUCAGGCGUUACUUCAAGCACAUGUGGAACGUAUUUGACAUUGUAGUAAUAGGAUCAGCCUUCGUUUUGGGAAUUGUGGAAGCCAUCAUUGAAACAGAAAGGAAAAGCCGCCUGUCCCUUGAUGUGUUGUUGGUGUUAAGAGUAUUGCGAUUGGUCAAGAUUAUUGGAAAUGUUAGUCGAUUCAAGGUUAUUGUUCACACCAUUAGCAAGAUUGUUCCAUCACUCUUAACAUAUGGAGGGGUCAUUAUGGUGUUCUAUUACAUGUUUGCCAUGGUGGGAAUGGAGUCCUUCCAAGGGUUGGUCAAGUUUACUGGCUAUGAUAUAGAUGGAGGCUCAGAUCUCUUCUGCAGCAACAAAAAAUUGGAGGAUUCAGAUUUUUGGAAUGAGCACUACUGCAACAACAACUUCAAUGAUGUCAUCCAUGCAUUCAUUGUGCUGUUUGAACUUACUGUUGUCAAUCAGUGGCAAGUUAUUGCUUAUGGUUAUGCAGCAGUUACCAACCCCUGGGCUCGUCUCUACUUCUUGUUCUUUCAUCUCAUCUGUGUCAUUAUAGUUUUGAAUAUCUUCACUGCAUUUGUCCUGGAGGUGUUUAUCCUGGAAUAUUCUGCCAGUUGUCAGGGCAACCUUGAGUCACAGAUGGAGAAGAAGAUCCAAGAAAUGGGACUUAGCCUCAGAAGAAAAUCUCAAAAAGCAGCCACAGUGAGUGAGGAGGACUUGGUGGUUUCAGAUUCAGACAGUUUUGACUCUGAAGAUGAGAGAGAAGGACCAUUCAAUGAGGGAGAAUCUACAGUUGAUGGAAGGAUCACUCCAGGGGCUUCCAGUUUCUAUACAGGAUACAAAGAUAUCUCCAGUGAAACAGAUGUUCGAUUUCACAUAUCAAAACGGCUUAAAAAUGUGGAGGUUUUGCUACAGAAGAUGUUUGAAAAGGAGUUGGAUGUGGAUGACUUGGGUCCACAUAUUUCAACGUUAGACCAAGAUUUACAGGAUGACGAAUAUGUAGCUAAUCAAGACCAAAGUCUUUGGGGCAUGUGAAUACCUAGAGGUUUUAAAAACUGCACUUUCUCUUUUUAAUUAUACAAGACAUACUUUUAAGAUCUGAUCUGAUCUGUAAAUGGCAUUAAUAAAAAAAAAUUAAAAAUAGUAAUACAAGAGAUUAAAUAAAAACAUGCACUGUAACAGUAGUCGGACAUACCUGUACAUACAGUAAUUAAAAAAAAAAGCCAAAUGAAAAUAUGCACAAAGUGC